UCUAUCGGUCCGAUAAGCCGGAGAGAUUGGUGACACACGAUGGAGGGUUUCUAAGCGAUAAUACCGGCGAAGUCCACUGAUGAAAACACGUAAACCGAGUCAUCAUCUACAUGACCAAAGCAACAGGACCGGCCACGGGAAAACGCAGAGCUAUAAUCAUGCAGUUUAAAUACAGACGAAUUUGAGCUAUAAGAGCUUCAUCAUCUUCAAGGUUACUCCGUUUGAAGACAGUCGUUGGUUGUACAGUAUCGUCGCCGGUAAGUGAUCAUGUCCUUGGUGGAGAAGCAGGGCUACCCCGACGCGAUGCUGCUGCUGGAGGCCGGGCCGGAGGGUCUGCGGGCGGAGGUGGAGCGGCUCUCCCGGGAGCUGAGCGAGACCACCCGGGAGAAGAUCCAGGCGGCGGAGUACGGGCUGGCGGUGCUGGAGGAGAAGCAGCAGCUCAAGCAGCAGCACGACGACCUGGAGGUCGAGUACGAGCUCAUCAGGCAGGAACUGGACCAGCUCAAAGAGGCCUUUGGACAAGCUUAUUCCAAUCACAGGAAAGUAGCAGCGGAUGGGGAAAGCCGUGAAGAGUCUUUGAUCCAGGAGUCGGCCUGUAAGGAAGCCUACUACGAGCAGCGGGUCCUGGAUCUGCAGAACGAGGUCCGGCAGACGCGUAACAUCCUCGCUAACACCCAGUCUGAGAACGAACGCCUUAAUACCAUCUUCCAAGAGAUGAAAGAGAACAGCCAUCUGGUGGAGUUCCAAAGGAACCAGCUGCGUGAUGACAUCAAGGAGUAUAAAUUUCGGGAGAGUCGUCUGCUGCAGGACUACACGGAGCUGGAGGAGGAGAACAUCUCCCUGCAGAAGCAAGUCCUGGUGCUGAAACAAAGUCAGGUGGAGUUCGAGGGUUUAAAGCACGAGAUCCGUCGUCUGGAGGAAGACACUCAGUUCCUUAACAGCCAGUUGGAGGAUGCCAUCCGCCUAAAAGAGAUCGCUGAACGUCAGCUUGGCGAAGCUCUGGAGACCAUCAAGACUGAGCGAGAGCUCAAAGCCUCCCUGAGGAAAGAGCUGUCCCACUAUAUGAACAUAGGAGACACUCUGUACAACAGUCCCCUCAGCAUUUCUCUGGAUGGUCUGAAGUUCAGCGACGAUGCUGCCACCGAACCCAACAACGACGAGGCUCUCCACGGAUACGAGAAUGGCUUCAGCAAACUGGCCAGCUCCAUUACGGACGACAACCGCAUCUCCACACCCAAGAAGGAGGGGUUCUUCCAUCCCGCCCCCAGCCUGGUUGACGACCUGCUUAGUGAACUCAACAUUUCAGAGAUCCAGAAGCUCAAACAGCAGCUGAUGCAGAUGGAGCGUGAGAAGGUCAAUCUGCUCUCCAAUCUGCAAGACUCUCAAAAACAACUGGAACAGGCUAAUGGUGCUCUGUCAGAACAUCAGGAGAAGGUCAACCGCCUCACAGAGAACCUCAGUGCGAUGCGCAAGCUCCAAGCCAGCAAGGAGCGCCAGUCGGCCUUAGACAACGAGAAGGAGCGUGACAGCCAUGAGGAUGGAGAUUACUAUGAGGUGGAUAUCAACGGACCUGAAAUCUUGGAGUGCAAGUACAAGGUGGCUGUGUCUGAGGCUGGGGAGCUGAAGGAGGAGCUAAAGACUCUGAAAGCUGAAUACCAGUCUUGUCAGUCACGUUACGAAGAGGAGCGCACCCGUCUGGAAACCGAUGUCACGACUCUGGGAGAGAAACUAGCAGCUCUGGAGAAGACCAGCCAUGCAGAGAGAGAACAGAAGUCUAAGUUGGAGAAGGAGCUGCGCAAGUUAAGUGACGUGGCAGGCGAGUCCCAGGGCAGCCUGAGUGUGGCACAGGACGAGCUGGUAACGUUUAGUGAAGAACUGGCCACCCUCUACAACCAUGUCUGCAUGUGCAACAAUGAAACACCCAACCGUGUCAUGCUCGACUUCUACAAAGAGGGUAAGGGCGGUCGGAGCAGCCCGGAGGGUCGUGGUCGCCGCUCUCCCAUCCUGCUCACCAAGGGCCUUUUCCCAGAGCCCAAUAAAGCUGACCUCAGCGACGGAGCCCCCUCGCCAGUCUCCUCCCUGCCUUCUCCCGUGUCCGACCACCGACGCGAGCCCAUGAACAUCUACAAUUUGGUGGCCAUCAUCAGAGAUCAGAUCAAACACCUGCAGCUGGCUGUGGAUCGCACCACAGAGCUGUCACGCGCCAGGGUGGCCUCUCUAGAGCUCGGAGCCGUGGCCGACAAGGACAAGGAAGCCUGCAUGGAGGAGAUCCUCAAACUGAAAUCUCUGCUCAGCACCAAGCGGGAACAGAUUGCCACUCUGCGCACAGUCCUGAAGGCCAACAAGCAGACAGCCGAAGUUGCUCUGGCCAAUCUAAAGAGCAAGUAUGAGAAUGAAAAGGCCAUGGUGACGGAGACGAUGAUGAAACUGAGGAAUGAGCUCAAAGCUCUGAAGGAAGACGCCGCCACCUUUUCCUCUCUCCGGGCGAUGUUCGCCACACGUUGUGAUGAAUAUGUUACCCAGCUGGAGGAAAUGCAGAGGCAGCUGGCUGCUGCAGAGGAUGAAAAGAAGACCCUCAACUCUCUGCUGCGGAUGGCUAUCCAGCAGAAGCUGGCCCUGACACAGCGUCUGGAAGACCUAGAGUUCGAUCACGAGCAGACCCGCCGGGGAGGCAAUGCGGGCCGGGCUAAGACCCGCAGCAGAGCCCCCAACGGCACCACCAGCAACCCCAACAUUGUCAGCAGCUUGCUCUCCCAGCAUCACCGUUCUCCCUUUAACUAGAGUGAGGAGUUCUGAAUAUGUUUGGCAGUAAUUUACACUAAUUCUGCGUGGACGGCGAAGUACCAACACAAGCUCCUCUAGGUUAUUGGGACUUGAGGACAAAAUAGAGCAGCAACGACAGAAUAUUCGUAAAAAUGCUAAUCACUUGUCCUUUCUUCAGUCUUUGAAUUAAGUGUUGCACAUAUUUGAAUGACCCAUGGCCUUGUUGUCGUGCAUCACGGGUGGAAGCACAUUCCUCACAAGUCCAAUGAACUUGACACUCUUAAUCGGAGAGUGAUUGAUUGAUUGGCUCCUCUCUUCCCUCCUCUCCAGAAGUCAGGGGACAUGUACAUGUUUCUCAGUGCAAAUUCACAGGCUCUUUUUUUUUUUUUUUUUUUUUUUUCAUUUAUUCUCUAAUCUGUGCACUUUCAUUAUAUAGGAUUAUAACAUACUUUUAUUUACCUAAUAGGAAAGCAUGGUAGUACUAUGGUUUGUGGGUUAUCCAGUAUAGAUUAGGACAACCUCCUGAAUCGUCUGAACUAAAAUGAUGCAAUUUACUUGACUAAAUGCUCCACAGACCAUAAAUGUACUAUCAUGACUCUGUCCUCAAGAUUCUAUCCAUCAAAUAGUCAUAUUAAGUUGUUUUGUUACAUGAUACAUUUGAUGCUGUUGUUUUUCUUUUAUGUUUGUUCUACUGCCAUGUUCUAUACAAAAAUCCAGGGUGAUCCAAUUCUGGGGUUUUUCAUGUAUUUAUUAUUCCUAGGAAUAGUUCAAAAAUUACACAAUGAAACUUGACAACGCUCUAAAUAGGUAAGUUGUGUUUUUGGGAGAAAAACUUUGAAUGACGGGACGUGUUUUCCCCCCCAGCUUCUUACCGAGAGCGUUACACUGAACCGCGAUCACUGGCCUUCAGAAUUCUCUGCAAGUGUGACAAUUAAAUUCCAAAUUGGAAUUGCUUCAUUCUCUCUUUGUUUAUCGUGCCAAAUCUUGGCACACCGUUUAGGUCGAAAAGAAUUAAGCCUCGAAAAGAAGACGAGCCGUCGUUAAGAAAGGUGCAGCUGGGGGCUGCGGCUCUCCUUGCGAGUGCCCGGGUUUUGUUUUUUGUUGUUUAGUUCUUCGUUUUUGACCAGUAGUGCCUUUCAUUGUUUCAAGGGAGAAUCUUAGAUUAGGAUUUUAUGUUUCUUUUUUAUAUAUAUACAUAGGUGAGGAUUCUGGGUUUGAACUGACUGUGAGCAGCAAUAACAGAAAAGGGAAUCCCCCUUUCCGCAUGAGUGAGAUAAUAGUUUUAAAAUUAGCUCAAUAACAGUUGUAUUGAAUUGUGUAGGUCAGUGAUCCGAAUAGGAAAUUCAGGGGUAUUAAGAAAAGUUGUUUUUUCUUUUUGAUAAAGUUUUGGGAACCAAAAGAAUUUCUUUGGCCUCCUGUUAUUGAACAAAAAAAACAAAAAACCCAACGCACCUGUAAUGUGUUGGGCCACAUCAGUGUACUAUUGGAAACAUCUACAUCUCUCUAGCUUUGUUUGGUGAAGGUAAUGUGACAUCAAUAGUAUUGUGGCAAAAAUGUGCAGGGAGCGCAUUUUUUCUUUCUUUUUGUCCAAUUUGAGUUUUUUUAUUUUUUUUAAUAUAUUUUUGAAUUUUUUUUUUUUUUUUUUUUUACAUCUAUGAACAUUUAUGUUUUCAGGAAACAGAAAACAAAAUCUGCAUCAACAAGCUUGAAUAGUGCCAUUAUAGCCAACGCUUGUUUGUUGAGGCGUUAAAGUUACCAAUACGGAAGACAAGCUAAAACAAUAAAAGUGCAAUUCAAAUACCGUUUCAAUUUUUUUUUAUAUUAAAGAAAAAAGGAAAAGUUUUCUGUUUCCUGGAAGCUAAAACAUUGUGAUAAUACAAUAGCUGUGCAAACUAUUGUCAUAUUGUUUCAGUAUUGAUCCAUUUUAAGAGUUUAAUAUCUUUAUAUGAAAUAACUUCACCUGUAUGUUGGUAUUUAUUUGAACUGUCAUGCAUUACUGUAUUCUUAUCAAUAAUGUGCAUUAUGAUUAGUGGCAUAUUGAUUACAGCUAAAUGUCACAUGCAUGUUUCUCAGUCAUGGGACCUUUACACAGAACUGAAAACAAACAUGUAAACUUUUGUCAGGGUGUUUUGAAAAGAAAUUUGAGGAAAAAUAAAAAUGAAAGAUGAGCAUUAAGUCAGAUGUAUUACUGCUGAACUAAUCCGAAGAAAGUGUUUUGUUUGUUUUCUAGCUGAGAGGUGGUAUGGCUGUGUAAGGGUUGUCAUACUGACUAAAAUCAAUAAAUGUGAACUAAGUUCCA